ACCCUGAAUUUUAGGGCAACUGGUAUGGAUGAAGAGUUUGUCCCCGAGGCCGUGGCGCUGGAUUGCGGGAAUGAGAAUGUGGAGGCGGUCGGGAUCACAAUCAUCACUGGCUACCUCGGUGCUGGCAAAUCUACGCUGGUGAAUUUCAUACUCCAUGCCCAGCACGGCAAGCGAAUAGCCGUCAUUCUCAAUGAAUUUGGCGACGAGCUCGGUGUGGAGAGGGCGAUGAUUAAUGAAGGUGAAUCCGGUGCGCUUGUCGAGGAAUGGAUCGAGCUCCCCAAUGGCUGUGUUUGUUGCAAUGUCAAGCACAGCUUUGUUCAGGCACUAGAACAGCUCACCCAGCGCCGUGACAGGUGUGAGCAUGUCUUGCUCGAGACAACCGGGCUUGCCAAUCCGGGUCCAGUGGCAUCCACUCUUUGGAUCGAUGAUCAGCUUGAAUCGUCGGUGAGACUGGACGCCAUAGUCACGGUGGUUGAUGCCAGGAACUUGCAGCAUCAGCUGGAUGAUAGGGAGGACGCUGAAGCAUUCUUGCAACUAGCGCAUGCAGACGUGAUCAUUCUCAACAAAGUCGAUCUGGUUGACGAGUGCACGCUAACGGAUGUGAAACAACGAGUUGCUGGGAUCAACUCUAUUGCGACUGUCUUGGAGGCUGUACGCUGCGAGGUUGAUUUAGAUGUAGUUCUCAAUCGGAGAGCUUAUGCUACCAGGGACUCGAUUAACCUCCGGGAACUUGAGAGGAAGCACGACGCAAACUUGCAUGGCCAAACGGUCACAACAACCAGCAUCGAAGACGACAGGCCCGUGAUUUUGAAGAAGGUGGAUGAUUGGCUGGGAGAUAUUCUUUGGGAAAAGAAAAUGGAAAUUUAUCGAAUGAAGGCCAUACUUCAUGUUCAUGGUGCGCAGGAAAUGCAUUUGCUACAGGCUGUCCGUGAACUAUACGAGAUUCUUCCCGGGAGGCUGUGGCGGCCAGCCGAGAAGCGCCAGAGCAAGAUAGUUAUCAUCGGUCGCAACCUUGACAAAGCAUAUCUUCAAAGCUCUCUCUCAGCGUGUUGUUUCUCUGGCGGUUUGGCAGACGAAAAAGUGUGCUCUCAAAGUAUUACCUGUAAGAAAUGGCAAUCUUGGCUCUUCUACGGGUAUCUCACUCUCUGUGGAGCGAACUUUGGAAGACGAGCUUGGAACACGUCGUUGAGGACUGUCAGUGAUCCUAAGCUUGUUUUGAGGAGCUGGAGAACCUGGCAGCGAAAAGAUUCGUGAGUAAAACGGUAGCAACAGGUAGAAAACAAUGCAAACCUCAACGGGUCCAAGUUGAAGCUCAA